AAAUGAAAUUAUUGCACACGGAAAACACACACUAUCAUUCAUACAAAGGAUUCCCAAAUUCAAGAACAAGUGUCUUAGAAUCAUAUCAAAUAUGCAAUAAUUUUCCUAAAAGGUCCCACCAUCAUAAAUCAAAUCCGAGGUCAAAUUAGUCAUUUCACACUGACACACCAAUACCAUCGCACAAAGACAAAAAAAAGUAAAUAAAAAUGGCAGAAAUAUAUUUAAUAAUUUAAUAAUUUAAUAAUAAUAAAGGAUUCUGGUGAGAGAGAAAGAGAAAGAGAAAGAGAGAGAAAGAGACUAGUAAAGGAAAGGUGAUGAAGGCGAUGAAGAAUUCCACAAGCGCAGCAACAACACCAACACCAACACCAACACCAACACCAAGUCCCCGUACAAAUGGAAUCAUCGUCUUUCUUCUUAAUCGCAACCACUCUUUACUCCUUUUUCCACCAACCAAUUAUUGCCUCUGCCUUCUCCAUUUUCAUUCUCCUUUUCUAGUUCUCGCUUUCUCUCUCUCUAUAUCUAUUACUACACCCUCCUCCUCACUCUUCCCCAUCCAUCCAUCUUUGCUGCGAUCUUCCUCCAUCUCUCUUCGCCUCUCGUACCAUAAUCGGGGAUAUGUUUGGAGGUGAUAAUAGCAGCAGUCCUUUGUUCCCUGCUUUGGUUGAGGAGAACCAGUUUCAGUAUGCUCCCAAUGCGUUCCCUCAGCUGCAAUUAUUUGGAGACUGUGAUUUCUCUCAUGAACCAAUGUCUCAAUUUUUCACAGACACAGUUGGCUGUACUGUUGGUCAGAUGAACCAUAUAGCAAACAAGCAUAUACCUUCAACAGACCAACCAAACCAUAGAAGACGGGAGACAGAUUCCAUUUUAGUACCACAAAAACAUCUCAUAUCUAUAAAUAAUUACUUAUGUCAAGAUAAAACUAAUCAAUCAGGAAGCAUUUUUAACCCAAACCCUGUGUCCACUGGGCUUAAACUUUCAUAUGAGGAGGAAGAACACAACUCUUCUGUUACGUCAGCUAGUGAAAAUUUUAAAGCUGUUCUCCCUGUUAUUUCCUCAGUCAGCGACAAUCUGAAGGUCGAGAUUGAUCAGCAGAAAGAAGAAUUCGACCAGUUCAUAAAAGCUCAGGAAGAGAAGAUCUUCAAGGGUGUUAUGGAAAUGAGGCAAAGGCAGACAGUUUCCUUUCUAAACGCUGUCGAGAAAGGAGUUACCAGGAAGUUGCACGAAAAGGAGACUGAAAUAGAAAACAUGAAUCGCAAGAACAAGGAACUAAUGGACAGAAUCAAGCAGAUCACUAUGGAGGUUCAGACUUGGCACUACAAAGCGAAGUACAAUGAGUCUGUAAUCAAUUUCUUGAAGAGCAACCUACAGCAGGUGAUAGCACAAGGCGCUAUGCAUGUAAAGGAAGGUUGUGGGGACAGCGAGGUAGAUGAUGCGGCUUCUUACACCAACAUGAAUCAUCUCGGCGCUUUGAAUGUCUCUGGAUCCGGAGUUCCCAAUAAACCAAUAAACUGCAGGGCUUGCAAGGUUAGAGAAGUCUCAAUCUUGUUGUUACCUUGUAGACACCUUUGUAUGUGCAAAGAUUGUGAAGCGUUAAUUGAUGUAUGCCCUGUCUGCAACGUAGUGAAGACUGCAAGUGUGCAAGUAUACAUGUCUUAAUGUUGUAAUAUGGAAAUGAGGGAAUGUAUAUUUUUAAUUUUUUUUUUAUUAAUACACUUGUAAUUGUCUUUCCCUAAUUGGAGGGCUUUAUUUAUUUAAUUUAUGAUGUUUACUACAACAUGUAUGGUUCAAUUAUGAGUAGAUAUGAUUAUGGGUUCCAUUGGAGCUCGGUCAUAAACACAUAAUGCAUCAUUCUCCAUUCACUUUGGUAAUGGCAAAGAAAAGUAAGUACUUGCAA